GGCCGUCUUAUGACGCGGCGUCGGUUCCGUUGUCCAGAGUUGUGUCAGGUUCCGGAGGCAGCAGCAGUAGCUAUUCUUCUUGGUCUUCUUCUCUUGUGGUGUAUAUACGAUAAUAAACACGCCUAAGGUACACAGUUCACAGUGUUUGUAUAAAGGUGGUGUGUGGAUAGAAACUGUGGAGUGAGUGGCGAUGGCCCAACAGCAGCAAAUUUACUCAGAACCAACAGCCGUAGUUGCCGUAGCCGCUGCCUCACGCCACAGUCAGAACAACACUUUCGGUCAUUUGUGCAACAACCGGUCACGAGACACCGCCGGAGUGUAACGACAACCGACGUCGACGCCGAUAAUAUUCAUGAAAAUUCGAGUGAAACAAGAUACCUGACGGGAGCGUGAAACAGAAAGAGAAAAAAGUGAGGAGAAGUAGAUUAAAAUGUGUGAGAGAGUGAGAGAAGAAACGAGAUGUUUUUUUUGAUAGAAUUACGUCAAUAGAAUUGAUUUCAAAUGGAUUCAAAUGUGGAUGGAAAUGGUUUAAGUCUGGUUAGAAGCUGCCAGUAGUUUGAGAAUAAAAAUUGCUCUGAAGAAGGAAAAAAACGAAAACGAAGAAUAAAAACCUUUCAAUUAUCGCCACGUUAUUUGCACGGGAGUUUGCAUGGAAGCCAAGGCGGCAACAGUUAGUCUAGCAGAGCAAAAUCCGAAUCCGAUUUUUUGGCCCACGCUCUCGGAGAUAUUAGUAGCAGUAACAGCAGCGGAACAGUCACCGACCACCGUCACCGGAACCGAGGUUCGGUUCGGUGGCCAGCAGAAGCAGUACCUGGCUCGGACAGACUGUUUCAACCGGACAAAAUUCGGCCAAUGCUUUCGGCCGUGGAGAACCACCUAGGAUCCGGUCGGGUUUAUCCCCAUCCGUUUCCGGGCAGCACGGUGGCGGGUGGUCCAUCAACGGCGGCCUUGCUGGGUCAGCUUCCCUUGUCGGCGGCUGUCGGCCUACCGUUGCUGGCCGCUGCUGGUGGACCGAACCUGGUCGAUAUGUCCGUGGCUGAGUUUGCCCGGCCACAUCCAAAGCAGCAGCAAAGGUACGGCGAAGCCCCCAGAAAUGGACUGCAUUCGAUGUCGGCGCGAUCGAAAUACUCUGAACCGCCGCAGUCUCCCCAGCAGCAGCAACAGCACCAAAAUGGUCCGGUCAAUCUGGCUGUGAGUUCGAAUCUGCCCAGCCACACGCAACACGGUUCGUCGCAGUCGGCUGGUCUGAGUGCUGCAAAGCUAAAUCAACUCAGCCAUGAAUUCCACGAACGGUCACUCCAAGCGCAAGCACGUGCUCAUGCUCAUGCCCAGCAGCAACAUCAACAGCAGCAGCAGCAUCGGCAACACCAGGAGCAACAGAAAGAGUCCGUUACAGAUCUCGGGAAGCUGUAUUCGCCAACGAAUCCAAGGUUGGCAUUCUUCCCCAGUCCACUGGAUGCCAACUCGUACGCGGGACUCAAUUAUGGGUUGUAUCCGUUCGGAUAUCCGGCGGCCCACCUCGAUGCACGGAUGCUGGGACGUCCAACUUACCUGCCGGGGCAACGAGAACCGUACAAUCCGCCAUCCUUUCUUACGCCGGGCUCCUAUGGAUCGUCGGAAUCGCCCAAGUCAAAAAUGUAUCCAUCGGUUUCCUUGUCGCACCUGAACGGCCAUAGUGGCCUGAAACCUACCUCUCUUCCACAAUUACCUCAGGACAAGUUGCUCGCAGAUGAGCGAAGUCCCACCAUGCCAUUAUCUCCUUCGUCGUCUACGCUGAUGGGUGCUGCUGCGAGCUACGCGGAACGUGAACGGUCAAGCUAUCUGAACGGACUGACUGACCAUCCGAUGCACAGCAAGUACCAGGCCCAGCAUGAAAAGGAGAACAAACAUGAGCAUAAACAACACCAUUCUAGUCACAGCCAACAGCAGCAACUACAUCCUGGUUCAGGUGGACCAUCUAUGCACGCCCUGCACCACUUCCCACCUCCAGCCCGCAACGGCACUCCUCCUUCUUCUUCUUCCUCUUCUUCCAUGUCACCGUCUUCCAACCAAAGGCAUCACUCGAUGCCCCAUCCGUCAACCCAUGGACAUUACCAUGGUCAGGGCCUCCACGGACACUCACUGUCCGUCGACGGACUACGUCUCGAACAGAACCCUCAGGAAAACGAAUUCAAGGUACCGUCCGAAGAGGGCUCCCUCAAGCAUCGAAUUCUCACGCGUCCAGCAAGCGAGCGAGAUACUCGACGAAGAUCUCCGACAACGAAGUCUACCCCUAUUUUUAGGCCCUUCGAGAACGGUUCUACGACCAACUUCACCAAGGGUGCACUGAUCCAGCUGGCGGACGAGUGCAAACGGGUGGAGGAUGUUCGAACGGAGGAUUUUGUACAAACCGCCGAGAAGUCGGCCGAUCUGCGGCUGGCCGAAUCGACGACAGUUAGGAUUACGCCACGCAACAACAAUGUGAUAAUCACGUUCAGCUAUGACAACAACAGAUCUAGGGUUGAUAUCGAAGCUGCAAUCGAGCAUCCAUUUUUCGUGUACGGCCAAGGCUGGGCCUCGUGCAGUCCGGAGAAAUCGAUGCAGCAGUUUGGCCUCAAGUGUCAGAGGCUUCAGGUCGGCGAUAUUUGUCUCUCUUUACUUCCACGUGAGUCCAAGCCCAAACCAGUCCAUUCCUCCUCACCGCAAUCAUCAUCAGCGUAUCUGGCACCGCUUCCACCAGCCCCCGGGAGUUCCGGUGGUCAAUAUCUGCCACCACCGCCACCAACGGCAUCGCAACAGCUGCACCGCCACGACAUCAAUGGCAACCAGACGAGCCUGCACCAUCAACCACCAUAUCACCAUCCCCACCCUAUGAUGGAACAGUCCAGAACUGUGGCUUCCAGCCGGGCGUUGGAACAGCUGCAGCAUCUACCUCAGAACCUUUCACGUAAAGAUUCCCACCACCAUCAGCCACCGCUGACGAUUCCGACGACCGCAACCUCUACGGCCGUUUCUUCGCGCCUGUCUGGUGCUCCUCCCUACGGAAACUUCCCGGCGGGACCAAUUUUUUCAAUGCCGUUCUCAGCGGCCAAUCUCAGCAAACCGCACGAUUCCCCCAUGCAGUCGCACUAUUCAUCGAAAACUUCCGCCGAUCAGCAGCGGCCGCUCGCUAGCAGUUCGCUUGGGGCCGCUUUUAGUGACCAGCCAGUGGCAAUGGUCGUGGACAAACCGGUGCAUUCCUCGAUCAAGUCUACCAACGAGACCCGCACCACCAACAAUGCGGAAGAUCACAGAGGCAAUGACGACGACGACGACGACUGUGCAAUCGAUGUGUCAAUGUCUCGGAAGCGUCGCUGGUCAGCACCGGAUGCAUGUGACGAAGUGGACGAAAAUCAACGGCCAACACAAGGCAGCAAGGUUCCACAGGUUGGAACCACAUAAGUCUGUAUUAGCAUGCUUAAUGUGAAGUGUGAAUGUUCAUUGUGGAUACGUGCAAGCUCUUUAUAGUGGUUAUGUCGCUGUCGAUCGAAGCUUUUUGGUAAAUUUAUCUGUUUAAUACAUUACAGAAUAUUGCAGUUCUCACGUUAAGUGUUAAAUGGAACGAUUCAAGAACGAAUUUGAUAAAAUAUCGGAUCAAAAUUCACCUUCAAAAGGUACAAUUUCAAACAAGAAUGUCGAACUUCAGCGAGUUUCAGAUAUUGUUUUUUUCCACCUGUGGUUUCCACCUGGACUUUUCUGUGGUUUCAACAUUUGGAAUCACGAAAAUAUAGAAAAAAGCCGCCAAAUAAGCAAGUUUUAUUGUUAUUGUCGUUUUUUCUUAAGUAAAAACACUGCAAAUUUCACACGAUAACGAUUUAAUUUAUCACAUUAAGCUUAAAAUUGACUGCGACAUGCUAGUAGAUAUGAUCGAUUAGGGUAAAUAUACAACAAAAAAAAAGCUCACUUACAAUAUGAAUGAUAGAUGUUUUAUAAAAACAAACAAAAAACGAAAUGCAUCAACAGAUACAAACACAAUUCUCAUUCGUUGAAAGAAGAAACGAAACAAAAAAAAUUGUGACAAAAAAGAAGUAAUCAAAACAUUAUAAAAAAAUUGAAAAUAAAUGCUAUUGAUGUGAUUCAGAAACUAAAAAGUAUUGAUUGGAAUCAAAUCUAAUUUGUUGUUGAAACUUAAUGAAAGAAAAACAAAAUACAAAAUAAUAGUGUACGAAAGUAAAACAAUUGUACAUAAUAUAUUUACUUCCUUAGAAUACUAUUGAAGCCUGGUAGAAAUAGGAUUUCAUUAGACUAUUUGCCAUGUUAAACAUUAGGUAGUUGUAAAAUAGAUUUUCUGGCCGCCACGUGCAUUGUUGCGCACACUCAGAUGAGGUUUCAUAGGCGGCUACCACGCGCCAAACACUGAUAUUUUUUUUAAUUUUUCAGAAUUGUAAUCAUUUUGUAAUACAACAAAAAUUCCAGGGAUUUACAAACUUGGCUAACUAAAGGUUGAUAAUCUGUAUUCACAGAAAACAAACAUAAGCAUGUAACAAUACACGUGUACGAGCACUGAUAAGUUUGAGAAAGAAAACGUAAAAAUUCUCGGGGCAUUUAAACAAAUAUUACAGCAACUAGUGGAAAGUAUCAGAAAAUAAAGUACGGAAAAUGAACAAAGAAAGGACAGAAAUGAACCCUGUAUAUUUAUUUUUCUAACAGCAAAGUCAAUCAUGUGCCUUUCAAAAACAAAGUUUUAUUUUCUGGACGAGUGAAACCGUAGAUACUUUGGUACUGCAAAUCAUAUGCCUUCUUUAUAUAUUACCGAAACAAAAAGAAUCACAUAACAAAGCGUGGAUUACAUUUUUAGCUGACACAGAAAAACAAAAAAAAACUCAAAAUUGUACCCAACUGACAAAACAGAAAGUAGCAGCAAAAGGGAUAGAAAAAAUGUACUAUUUUAUUUUUCUAAUGACAAACGUAAUGUAAAAUACAAAAUUGUACUCAUAAGCUAAACAACUACAAAACAAGUGCUUAGCUAAAGAGUUUCGCAAAUCAUUGCACAAAAUAAAUCAUACCUGCAGUGUGUAGGAAUAUAAGCUACUGUUGUAAAUUUAUGUCAAUCAAAUUGGAAACAAAUAAAACAUAUAACUUACCGAAA